UCAUAUAGAUAAACUUAUAUUUGAAUGUACUGUACAGAAUGUACUGUAUUUAUGUGAAAAUUACAAUUCUUUCUAUGUAGUCGUUCAGUGUGUUACUGGGUAAAAACUCACACUCCAACACAUUAGGUGGCGCUAUAACAUUGGUGCCAUUCACCAUAAAAGAAGGAGAGUUUGGCGGGAUUUUUUUGGCAGAACAACAGUUGGAAUCCCGGCGUAAGUCUAAAACUGAUUUGACGAAAAGCUAUGAUCAGAAUGUGUGUGUUGUGCGGUUUAGUGAUCAUGCUGAUACCUGCCUUAGGUUCCUGUGUACAAUAUGAGGUGGUGGAAGUAAUUGAGGGUGGAGAUGCUAUCCUAAACUUCAAAGCUUCUGGAUUGACUAUUUUCUACAAAAUGCAUUGUGAAAAUCAGACUAAAAUCACUCAGAUUGGUCAAUACUGUUGCCUUGAUGAUAACUGCAGCACCAGCUCGAGAACACCUGAAGUUUCAAUAGAGACUGGCCGUCUAAUUCUACAUAAUGUCAACUACAACAGAUGCUUCAGUGCAAAAACCAUACAAGGAUCCAAAGAGAUAUUUUAUAAUGUUACUAUCAAAGAAUUACACUUUACCAUCAGCACAGAAAUGUCCAUCUUAAAAUUCCCAACUGAAACACCCAACUAUUCUUUAACCUCAGACAAUUUCUGCAACAAUACAUUAUCCAAUGCAACCACCACACAUAUUGCUGUUGCUGUUGUGAUCUUGGUGCUCAUUGGUUUGUUCGUUAUCUGGUACAAAUGCACACAAGCAGAGGUACUUGCCAGUGAACGCAAAUGUUGCAGGGUGAUGCUGGCUAAAGUGUCUCAUGACGAAAUCAUCAUGGGAAACCCAGCAGCAGCCAACUCACUUCUCACAACUGUGAACGAAACUCAACUCUAGAUGGCUGCUCUACCUCCACCUCCAAGCAGGCACUUUACUGAAGGAUCUUUACCUUGAAGGAUUGAAAAAACAGUCAAGAA